UGUAGAAGCGGAAAAAUGGCCGCUGACACCGGGAGAUACAGGACUGCAGUGUCCAAAAGCAAGGACCCUUCCAGUUUAUUAAUCUCUGUUAUAAGGACUCUGUCGAGCAGCAACGAUGUGCAGGACCGGGAGACAGAGAAGAGUCGUCUGGAGGAGGCCUACGAGAAAUGCGACCGUGAUCUGGACCAGCUCAUCGUCCAGCACUACACGGAGCUCACCACGGCCAUCCGCACCUACCAGAGCAUCACCGAGAGGAUCACCAGCUCACGCAACAAGAUUAAACAGGUGAAGGAGAACCUGCUGUCAUGUAAGAUGCUGCUCCACUGUAAGCGGGACGAGUUGAGGAAGCUGUGGAUCGAGGGCAUCGAGCACAAACACGUCCUCGAGCUGCUGGACGAGAUCGAGAACAUCAAGCAGGUUCCUCAGAAACUGGAGGCCUGCAUGGCGAGCAAGCACUAUCUGCAUGCCACGGACAUGCUGGUGUCGGCGGUGAAGUCUCUGGAGGGGCCUCUGCUGCAGGUGGAGGGUCUGAGUGACCUGCGGCUGGAGCUGCACAGCAAGAAGCUCAACAUUCAUCUGGUGCUGAUCGAUGAGCUGCACCGCCACCUCUACAUCAAGUCCACCAGCCGCGUGGGCCAGCGGGGCAAGGACAAAGGACGGCUCGGAGGGUCUGCGCCAAAGGACUCGUCCGUUUUGGAAGUCAGCAGCCUGACUCCACGGAAACUCACCGAGACGUCCCAGUUCAGCACUCCAUCAGCAUCCAGCAUUCGAGAUUUGCAGGAUGAUCUAGACGCGGACCCAGAGGAGAACAGCGCCGAGUUUAUGGGGAUCCUGAUCAAAGCUUUGGCCAAACUCAAGAAGAUCCCAGAGACCAUUAACGCCAUCAUGGAGCGCCUGGAGCCAGAACUCAAGCAGAUCCUUAAAAGAUCCACCACCCAGAUCGCAGACCACGCCUACCAGAGAGGAGAGAGCCUGGCACAGGACAACCAGCCAAGGCUGCUCCUGGAACUGCUGGAGCUGCUCUUUGACAAGUUUAACGCCGUCGCUACAGCUCACAGCAUCGUCCUGAACCAUCUGCAGCAGAUUGUGGUGUCUCCCAGCGGCGCUCAGGAGGGCAUCAAGCUCUACGAGCAGGCCGACGUCUCUGCCAAGAUCCAGACCGUCCUACAGGUUCUGCUGAUGGACUACCUGGACGUAAAGAACACGCGCAGUGCAGCCGAACCCACGGCCCAGCUCUCCUACGCGAGCACCGGCGGAGACUUCGGAGCCUUUUUCGCCAAGAAGAAACCACUUCGACCCAAACAGUCUCUCUUCAAGUUUGAGUCGUCUUCCCACGCCAUAAGCAUGAGCGCGUACCUGCGAGAACAACGGCGAGAACUUUACAGCAAGAGCGGAGAGCUACAAGGAGGAGCUGACGAUAACCUGAUAGAAGGAGGAGAGACCAAGUUCCUGUGUAAGCCUGGAGCCAGGAACAUCACCGUCAUCUUUCAGCCUUUGCUCAAGUUCAUUCAGGAGAUCGAGUUGAGCAUGGGUCCGGGGAAGCAGUGCCAGCUCCGUACCUUCCUCACCUACUACAUCAACGAGCUGUUUCUGAACCAAGUACGCACCGAGACCAAUAAAGAAAUCGAAACCGUCACUAAAGUGGCUGAUCCUCUCAAGAUCCUGGCCAGCGCUGACACCAUGAAGAACCUGGGUGUCCAGAGACCUCUUCUACAGAGCACUGUGAUCGUAGAGAAGUCCAUCCAGGAUCUGAUGAGUCUCAUGCAGGACCUCAGUGCUUACUCUAACCAGUUCCUGGAGAUGGUCUGUGACAAACUCAAAGAGUACAAGGAAAUCUGCAACACCGCCUACAGGAGUAUAGUGCAGUGCGAGGAAAAGCUGACCAUCAGCGCCUCUUGGGCUAAAGACGAGGACAUCAGCCGCCUGCUGCAGUCUCUACCCAACUGGGCCAACAUGACUCAACCCAGACAGCUGCGCCAGAAAAGAGAGGACGAGGAGGACUUUACACGGGCGGCGUUUGCUAAGGAGUCCGAGGUGCUGACGGGGAACCUGGGAGACAAGCUGAUUCCUCAGAACGAGAUUCUUCGGGAUGUCAGUGACCUGAAGGCUCUGGCUAACCUGCAAGAGAGCAUGGAGUGGCUGGCUGUUUGCCUCAAAGGCUUCUUCUCCAGCCUGCCCCCAAGCUCCAGUGCGUCCCCAGGCUCGGACACACAGGCGAGCAGCGAGAGCGCUCGCAAUCGGGAGCACAUCCUGCAGACUCUUUCAGACCUUGCCAGAUCUUUCCAGGACAUCGCUGACCGCUGCCUGCUCGUGCUGCACCUGGAGGUCAGGGUGCACUGCUUCCACUAUCUCAUCCCCCUGGCUAAGCAAGGCAACUACGCCAUCGUGGCCAACGCCGCCAGCAUGGACUACGACCCCCUGGUGGUCAAGCUGAAUAAGGACAUCAGCGCCAUCGAGGAGGUGAUGGGAGCCGCGCUGCAGCAGCACAAGUUCCAGUACAUCUUCGAGGGUCUGGGCCACCUGAUCUCCUGCAUCCUGAUCAACGGAGCUCAAUACUUCAAGCGCAUCAGCGAGUCUGGAAUUAAGAAGAUGUGCAGGAACAUAUUUGUGCUCCAGCAGAACCUCACCAACAUCACCAUGUCGCGCGAGGCCGAUCUGGACUUUGCUAGGCAGUACUAUGAGAUGCUGUACAACACAGCAGACGAGUUGUUGAACCUGGUGGUGGAUCAGGGCGUGCGUUACAGCGAGCUGGAGUACAUCAACGCUCUGAGCCUCCUGCACCGCAGCCAGACGGGCGUGGGAGACCUGAGCGUCCAGAACACACGCCUGCAGCGCCUCAAAGAGAUCAUCUGCGAGCAGGCCGCCAUCAAACAGGCCACCAAGGACAAGAAGAUCACCACCGUGUAAACACACACACACAAAACGCAUACCUGCAAAAACCUGUAUAAGCCCAGUCGCUUUUUCACUUAAUGGUCAACACUAGAAGAUGAAAAAAAAGCAUUGCGCACAUGCUGUUUAUAUAUAUUUACACACACACACACGCACACGAAAUUAGUCUUUAAUGAAAUAAUCCCUCGGAGCCUGUCUCACAAACCGUGGCUUCACCUCGUGGAAUAAUCUGGACGCGUGACUCGAGGACACAGUCAUCUCAUUUUCCUGUAAUUUAAAAGCACUGCUCUCGGUUAUAUGGCGCCUUACACACACACACACACACACACACACACACACAUCAGGCCGUGUCCACAAUCUCACACGGCAGAUUAGAGCACUGGAAUUAUUAUCGGAGAGUCCCUGUGAAGUGUUUAGUUCUCUUAGGAAGGGAAAGGCAUUCUUUUAUUCUGCAUUUCUUUGCGUUUCUUUAACACUGCCGUUUAUUUAGAGGGAAGGAUGAUUGAUCGUAUAUGGUGUCUUUAGAACUCGGGCUCGGUGAGGUGUGUGUGUGUGUGUGUGUGUGUGUGUGUGUGAGAGAGAGAGAGAGAGAGAGAGAGAGAGAGAGAGAGAGAGAGAGAGAGAGAGAUCUCCAGCCUCCAACUGCAGCUAUUAAAGCUUUAAUUUGCCGCUUUUUUCCUUAAGUCUUACUCACUUAGUCUGUCUCUCACUCACUCACUCUCUCACACACACACACACACACACUCGCUCUCUCAUUCACACACACGGAGAGCCACAAAUCAUUCAUUCUUUCUGCCCCAUGGUGUUUUUAGUUCAUUAACUCGGAAGAAAAGUGCUUAACAAGAGAGGGAGAAAGAAAGCCCUGUCGAUAGAGAAACACGGGAAGCAGGCAGCGGCGUUCCCUGAAGCCAGCGCAGCGAUACAUCAUUAUGACUCGGUGUCAGGAAUCAAUAACGGCCUGCGGGGGCUGCUGAACGUGUUAACGUGGAGAAAACAUCUUUAAUAUUCCGACUUCAUUUGAAUGAUCGCGUGCAUACGGAGAGGAAGCGAUGGGGAGGUUGCAGAAAUGUCGCCGGAGCGAAGCUCUGUGGAGUGAAGCUGGUUUUCUGAGUGCUAGUGCUAGUUUUUUGUUUUCUUUUAACGUUAAUCACCAGAAUGCCCAGAAACUCCUUUAUAUAUUUUGUAUGUUUUAUUCGUGGUGUGGGUUUUCACUGUCCCAAGCCUCGAUGUUGUGCACACAGCUAUGUAAAAUGAUUAGUUACUGAUUUCUUUUGCUUCGGACGUGUUUCGCGUCCAUCACGUUACUAUUCGACGUACCGACGGGGAACGAAAUUUCCCUCGUUUUCAUUUCAAUUCUGUACAACAUCAUCAGAUCUGAAAUAAAUAAAUAAAUAAAAUCGA